CUCGGCUUUGAUAAUAAGCCCAAGUUUGGUUCCAUCCCAACCCCGCCAUUUAGUACAAUCUGGUAUUUACAAUGGAAUUUCCAUUUCUCACCCCCGCCUUAUCUGACGCAAAAUAUCAUGUAAAAAGUCCCUUCUUUGGGAAACAUAGCGAUAUUUUACUCUCUCUAAGUCGCACAAUUGGCUCAUUUUAGAAUAAUAUUUUCCACGCCUCUCUCAAUCAAUUCGCACUUACGAAUCACUCCCAUUAUGAAACCCCGAGUAGGCGUAGGCGUCUUCGUCAUCAAUCCCAAGGGACAAAUCGUUCUUGGUCAGCGCAAAAGCAGUCAUGGUGCUGGUACAUGGGCCCUACCCGGCGGUCAUCUCGAAUUAAACGAGUCGUUCGAAGACUGCGCGGCACGUGAAGUAUUAGAAGAGACGGGUCUCAUAGUCCGCGACAUACAGUUCCUCACAGCGACCAACGAUAUCAUGAGAGAAGAGGGAAAGCACUAUGUUACUGUUUUUGUGGGCUGUACUGUUGUGGGUGAUGAUGCACAGCCAGAGCUAUUGGAGCCCCACAAAUGUGAGCAGUGGAAGUGGGUGACCUGGGAAGAAGUUUCCUCGUAUCAUAGCGAUCCAGACUCCAACCACAGGCUGUUCAUACCCUUGGUCAAUCUGCUCGAGCAGAGACCGGGGUUUCAUCCUGUUAGACGAUGAUGAUUUCAUCUCUUUUAGUACUGGAAAACACUUCGUUACUUGUACUACAUAAAGCUAUUCAAUGGGAGUCUUUAGCUAUUAGCGGCUACAC